GCCACAAAACAUUGUAGGAACGCCCAGAGAGGCAUUUGGCCAGGCCUACUCCACACAGCGUAAGGUGGCAGAAGAUGGGGAGACCAAUGAGGAGACACUGCUGCAGGAGUCUGCCACUAAGGAGGCCUACUACAUGGGCCGCCUCCUGGAGCUUCAGUCGGAGCUGAAGCAUAGCCGGUCAACUGCCUCUAACGCUCAGGCUGACAAUGAACACCUGGGCGCACUGCUGCAGGAGCUGAGGGAGCAGAGUAAUGAGAUGUUGGAGCUGCAGCGCAGCCGGAUGCGGGAGGAGAUCAGGGAGUACAAGUUUCGAGAGUCACGGCUGCUCCAGGAUUACACCGAGCUGGAGGAAGAAAACAUCUCUCUGCAGAAACUUGUGUCAACACUCAAACAAAAUCAGGUGGAAUAUGAAGGCCUGAAGCAUGAGAUCAAGGUUCUUGAGGAGGAGUCAGAGCUCCUAAACAGCCAGUUACAGGAUGCACUGCGUUUGAAGGACAUCUCAGACUCCCAGCUCGAGGAGGCACUGGAGUCUCUGAAGAGCGAGCGUGAGCAGAAGAACCACCUGCGCAGGGAGCUGGUCCACCACCUCAGCAUGUGUGAUGUCGCCUACACUGGUAGUGCCCACCUGACAUUCACCUCAGCCCCACCUAGUGGAAACGCCACCCCAACCACUCUGCUCUCCCCAAACGUAGAAGAGUCAUCAAGGUGUAACGGCCACCUCCAGGGGGGCACUGGAGCAGGGACAGCUGCAGGGUCAGUGCUCAGGGCUAAUGGAGAGUGCAGAGAGCCAGGUCGGAAAGCUGAGGGACAGAUGACAUCAGACCUCUUCAGUGAGCUGAAUCUGACAGAGAUUAAGAAGCUCAAGCAGCUGCUGGUAACGGUUGAACGUGAGAAAGGAGCACUGAUGACCAGCCUGCAGCAGUCCCAGACUCAGCUCCAACACACCCAGGGGGCACUGACCAAGCAGCAUGAGAAGGUCCUCCGCCUUAGCCAGAAAGUCAUUGCCCUCCGCCGCCUCCAUCCACAGGCCAGUGGCAUGGUCCACCUAAACCAGGAAGCACAUGCCAGUGCCACCUCUCAUCUUAAUCCUGAGGCCCUGAUGGAGCUGGACAAGGAUGAAGAGGAGGUUGAAGAGGAUGUAAGAACUGUGGAGGACAAGAGUGAGACACUAAACAAAGGACAAUUAUUUUCACACCAGACGCCAGGUCUGGAGAUCUUGCAGUGCAAGUACCGUGUGGCUGUGACAGAGGUGGUGGAGCUUAAGGCAGAGGUGAAAGCCCUCCAUGACAGACUGGCUCAGUGUGUAGAGGGAGAAAUGGAGGAAAAGCCAAGGCGAAACGGUCAGCUCCAGAAGCUGGAGAGGCAGGUCGCCUCAUUGGAGAAGAGCUGGCGAGAGGGACAGGAUAAGAUUUCUAGCAUGGAGUUGGAGUUGCAGGCAGCUCUAUCAGCAGCCAAUGAGAGCCAGGGGGCAUUGAACGCAGCUCAAGAAGAGUUGGUGAUGCUGAGCGAGGAGCUUGCCCAUCUGUACCACCACGUCUGUCUAUGCAACAAUGAGUCCCCCAACCGUGUCAUGCUGGACUACUACAGGUCUGACUGUUCUUAUUAGUAGGACACAUGCAGCAUUAAAAGAUGGAGCAUGAUUUCUCAAAGUUACAGUGAUUAAGGCCCAAUUUGUGGGGCCAUUUGAGAAAACAAAUGUACUAGAUUCAACCAAAAUCAUACAUACAUUACAUAUAUUUAUACUUUUCAAUCUUUUAAAGAGCGAUAGAAAAAACAGCAAUACAUAAAUAAAGAUAAAGUUAAAGAUAUAAAAAUAGACAAAAUAGAUUUUAAAAAGUACAUAUUCAGGUGUACAAAUGGAGAUCAUUGUGUAACAUUAAUUCUAACUGGCUACUUCAUAGCUGAAC